AUGACACUGAAGGUCGAAGGUGAUCCGGGCUAUGGCAGAGCAUCUGCUGGAGGUCGAUUCACUGAUCUGGACAGCUCAGAGACCGUACCUCUCCUUAUCCCAGACAUUGAGCAACACCAGCACAUCUGGAAGCCCCUGACCAGAGAAGAGCUGGAGAAGUGCGCAGGAGGACCAGAAUGGAAGAAGUUUCGUUCUCGUCUUGUGCUUUGCUUCUGGAUUGCUUGGCUGAUAAUCCUGGGCACUGCAAUCACAAUAAUCAUUCAGAGCCCACGGAUGGAGUCUCCUUCACUGCACUGGUGGCAGAGGGAUGUGUUUUACCGCCUGCAUCCUACACUCUUCAUGGAUGCAGACAGUGGCAACGUCAGCCAUAUCAGCAGGAUGUCCGAGCGGCUGCCGUAUCUGAAAUCGCUGGGGGUCGGGGCAGUGAUUCUGGAGGGGUUAUUCCGGCAUGACAUCUCUCCUACCAACCUGACAGAGAUUGACCAAAGUCUGGGCACACUUCCACAAUUCACACGGCUUAUCACAGAAAGCCGCAAAGCGGGUGUGAGAGUGAUGCUGGACCUUUGUGAGCUGGAUCUGUUUGAGCAGGAGUCGGGUAAUGACACUGAUGUUAGGUCAGGUCCAUCAGAGUACAUUCAAUACUCAUUAAGGUAUUGGCUGGAGCAUGGUGUAUCAGGGUUUGGGAUCUGUGAUACAGACGCAGCCUUCUCUGCAAAGACCCUAAUGGAGUGGAAUGUGCUGAUACAAGAGUUCAGUUCACAAGAUGAUGAAAGAAUAUUGAUGGUGUGGCAAACAGGUAACACUCUUCCAGCACUCAAUGUGUCCAGCAUUGCUGUUAAUGGUUCACUGGUGGAGCUGGUUACAAAGUCAGUGAUCCCCCCAUCACACCAUCCGUUGUCUCCCGCUGAGGUGGCUGAGGCCAUGGAGGCCAGCCUGCAGAUGCCACAAGGAAACUGGCCGAGCUGGACUGUGGGUGGAGGAGUACCAUGGGAGCUGCAGAGAGCAAUUCUAGUCCUGAUCAUGACUUUACCUGGAACACCCAUCAUCAAAUACGGAGAGGAGGUCAAUCCAGUUCAGGAUCUGGAUCAGCUGAAUCAGCCUCUAGCCCUCUUCCAUUCUCUGAGUCAGUCGCGUGCCCGUGAAGAGGCUCUACACUUUGGCAAAUUCACCUUCCUUUCCUUCAAUCACAGCAUGUCAUCCUCUGGCCUCAAUUCUACAGCCACACCUCCUUUAGCUUUCCUACGCUCAUGGGGCUGCGUUCACUUCCUGGUCAUGUUUAAUUUGGGGUCUGAACCUCACACUCUGGAUCCAGACUGGGCUCCCAGCCUACCUGAAAGUGGGGUGUUUGUAACCAGCACAGGUCUUGACCGAUGUGGCCCCGUGUCUCUAAGGUCAAUAAAAAUGCAGCCACACGAGGCCAUUGUCAUAAAACUGUUUGAAUCUGACAACUCUUAAGAUAAAAAAAGGCUUGUGUUUGCUUAUUAAAACACUAAUGAUGUUUAGUUUUGGU